AGAAAAAUCAAACACACUCAUAGUUCUCCGCGGCCUUCUUUAUAUACGAUAGUAUACACAAUAUAAUAGAAAAACAAAAGGAAGACAUUAGAAAUUUAUCUUCUCUUCUGCGAAUUAUUCAAUUAUCUCACGGCAAUGAAGGGCCGAGUCACUACCAAAGCCUCUGCCCCUGCGAAAUGGAUUCCAUUUCUCUGUGUAUUUUGCUUCGCUCUUGGAAUUCUCUUCUCUAACAGAUUAUGGGAUUCCUCAGCUGAACCCAACGGUCAACAGCUCCUAUCCCAGCGUCGACAUGAACAAGAAUUGCAAGUCAUCAAUGGCGAUUCCACAACUAACAAGCUCUCGCAGAAUAAAGAUGUAAUGGACGAAGUUUUGAAAACCCAUGAAGUAAUUCAGCCCACCAGAUCAUUAGAUAAGUCAAUUGCAGUGCUUCAAACGCAAUUAGCAUCUAAGAGUUCUCAAGAGAUGAGUUUGAAAAGCUCUGCUCCCGUACCAAGGCAGAAAGUGUUCAUGGUUAUUGGGAUUAACACUGCUUUUAGUAGUAGAAAGAGACGUGAUUCUGUCAGAGAGACUUGGAUGCCUCAAGGGGAGAAGCUUGUCCAAUUGGAGCGCGAGAAGGGUAUUAUUGUCCGGUUCAUGAUUGGCCAUAGUGCAACAUCCAACAGCAUUUUAGACCGAGCCAUUGAUUCAGAAGAUGCUCAACAUAAGGAUUUCCUUAGGCUGGAGCAUGUUGAAGGAUACCAUGAAUUGUCUGCAAAAACAAAAAUUUUCUUUUCCACAGCAGUUGCAAAGUGGGAUGCAGAAUUUUAUGUCAAGGUGGAUGAUGAUGUUCAUGUUAAUCUGGGUAUGCUAGCUUCUACACUUGCUCGCCAUCGAUCAAAGCCCAGGGUGUACAUUGGAUGUAUGAAAUCUGGACCUGUUCUCUCCCAAAAGAAUGUCAAGUAUCAUGAACCAGAGUAUUGGAAAUUUGGAGAGGAAGGGAACAAAUACUUCCGUCAUGCAACUGGGCAGAUAUAUGCUAUCUCAAAAGAACUUGCCACCUAUAUCUCCCUUAACCAGCCCAUAUUGCACAAGUAUGCCAAUGAAGAUGUGUCUCUUGGUGCAUGGUUUAUCGGUCUUGAGGUCGAGCACAUUGAUGACCACAGCAUGUGCUGUGGGACACCACCAGACUGUGCGUGGAAGGCACAAGCAGGUGAUGUGUGCAUUGCAUCCUUUGACUGGAGCUGCAGUGGAAUCUGCAAAUCGGUGGAGAGGAUCAAAUUCGUUCAUGAAAAAUGUGGUGAAGGAGACGGAUCUGUAUGGAGUGCUCUCUUUUAAAUUAGAUGGGAUUGUAUUUGGUGGCAACCAGAUUAUGAAGUUAUUCAAUUGUGAUUAGUACGUAGGCGGGAUGCAGAGUGGAGAUAAGGCAGUCCCACAUAGAUAUGGUACAUGUCUGCAAAUUUUGAACAUAUUGCUUCUUCAACUUCUGAAAGAUGCCUGUUUGAAGAAUGCUGGAGCCUUUGGAAUGGCUAUUUAUGUUGAAACUUUUGAUCGGAACCUGCAUUGAAAUAUGGGUUUUAGAAGAUAGUGAUCCACAGAUCUUCCAGCUUUUUUCUUGGCGUGGGAGGGUGCACGGUGUAUGUACUCCCCAACGCUAAACUUUCAGAUACGGACUUGGGAGUUGAGUCACUUAGUUGGGGAAAACAGGAAAACAGAUAGUUAAAUGUAAUUUAUGAUAUAGAUACACACACUAGCUGGCGUGCUGCAUUCCAGCAUAAGUUUUCUUUAGUAGCAUUAGCUUCUUUGAACAGGCAACACUUUUUUUAUUUGGAAAAAUGGGGGCAAAAAGAAAAAGAUGGCAUUGCUUCUGCUUCUGCUUCUGAAUUCUGAUGCAACUCUUAUCAUCAUCAAUGGAAAUUUUAACAUUCAAGUUUUUAA